AUGCGCUUAAAUCAGCAUGGUCUAUACACCAAUGUCAUGCGUGAUGCGAAAGGCGUAAAAUAUAAUAAAGGCACCCUUAUUGCUCAAAGAACCGAACAAGAAAUUUUUGACGCGUUGGGUGUUCCUUAUCGUCCUUCGAAUGAAAGGAUAUGUUAA